AUGCUUCCAAUUCCUUCUCCUGUUGAAUGCACAGUCGCUUCUGCUCUUCUCCUUCUCUCUAACACCACACCUCUCUCUCCUCCUCCUUUAAUAGAAAAGGUAGAAGGGGGAGAGAAAGGGUCAAGGUGGGCGACAAAGUGGAUCUGGAAAGCUGUGGCAGUUGCAGAGGAAGCUGGAGGAGAAAACUUGAGAUAUCACAUUCUUCCCUCAUCACCCCUCACUCCCGAUACCUCUCUUUCCCUAACUGAUUCCUCUCAUGAGAAAGAGAGGGAGAAGGAGAGGGCUCUCAAAUGCUACCAGAGGGCUGUCUCCCUCAGUCCCGAUGAUUCUGAAAGUGGAGAUGCAAUUUAUGAAAUUUUAGACCAUUCCGGAAAGGAGACUCUGCAACUCUCUCUUUGCUCUGAAGCCUCUCAAAAAUCACCCAGAGCCUUUUGGGCUUUCAGGAGAUUGGGGUACCUUCACCUCCACCAUAACAGAUGCUCUGAAGUUGUUCAAACUCUUCAGCAUGCCAUUCGAGAUUUUCCUACCUCUCCUGAUUCAUGGCAAAUCUUUUUAGAUAGAAGCAGCCUGAAGUCUGAGCCAGAUGGGGUUUCGAUUUGGGUGGCUCUGAAGAGGGUUGGAGUGAGGAUUAAGGUGGUGUCAAGUACACUUGGCAGUGUUGUGAUGGCUAAAGCACGGCAAAACGAGGCCAACUGGGUUGUCCUGGACAAAAAACUCAAGCAAGAGCUUAAGCAUUGCAUAGAGGAACUUCGCUGCAACAUUACUGUAAUGAAAGGUUCUCAAGCAAAAGUUCUUAGGCUUAACUUGGGAUGCUCGAAUGAAGUCCAAGCCCCAUUCUAUUCUGCUGCUGCUUCACCAGAAAAGGAUGUUGGAAGGCUGCUAGGUCACAAGAUGAAGCAUUCUACUCCUGUGAGAAGCAGCCCUGAAGAACCAAGUACUUCCUACUCAAGAACUAGAGAAGGUUCAUCCUCACCAAGCUAUGAUACAGAAAGACCUCUUUUUCUUGGGUGUUCUAAAUAA